AUGGACCCCCAACAACAAUCCCACGCCGCGCGCACCUCCGCCGAAGCCGCGAAGCUGACGUCCGCCGCGCACGCCGCGCGCGCCGCCGGCCACUUCCAGGAAGCCGUCGACCUGCAGCAGGAGGCGCUGCGGCGCGAGCUGACGGCGCACGACCCGUGCUCACCGACGAUCGCGGCGCGGCACCACCAGCUCGGGCUCGCGUGCCACGAGGCGCGGCAGCUCGAGGCGGCGGGCCGCGCGCUGGAGACGGCGCUGCGCAUACGCGAGAGACAGCGCGGGGGCGCGGAGGACGUGGUGAGGGUGCGCGAGGCGCUGGCGAGGCUGAGGGAGGCGGAGGGGAGGUUUGGGGAGGCGAGGAGGGUCAGGGUUGAAGAGGAGGGCGCGAUGGGGUGUAGUUAUCUUGUCCCGGGCCACUGGUGCGCCGCCGUUCCGAACUCACGCCUUGCCCCAAGUGCAACGCAGCCUUCUAUUGCUGCGAGCGGUGUCGUGAUGAGGACAGGUAUAAGCGGCACGGGGUGCUUUGCAGAGCUAACAGAGUCCAGGAGCGCUGUAGCGUGA